AAGUUUGUAGGCAACACUCGGCUGAUAAAGUGUUUCACAUCCAUUUUUCUAUUACUCCUAUUCUACGCUGUCUAGGUGUCUCAGGAAGGGAGGCUAGCCCCACUGAACAGAUGGAGAAACCGAGACCCAGAGAGGAGGGACCAGCAUAAAGACACAGCGCUCCUUAGAAACUGAGCCCUCACAUGCAGGUUUUCACCUCCCUUUCCCUGCCAAUUCCCCUGCAUCCUGGAACAAAGGGGGAGCCUCCCUGAAGCAAAUUCUGGUCUCGGGGUUCAGAAUCCUGAAACCGUGGCCGUGGGGUCCGGGAAGGGGCGCGGGGUCCAAUGCCCCGUUGUGCAAAUGGGGAGACUGAGGCCCAGAGCCUGGCGCUCGAAGGGGGCGCGUCCUGCCUCCGGCCGCCCGGCGCGCCGCAGUCGCCUCCUUCCGCCCCCCACGCCGGGUCCCCCGCCUCGUUUUUGCUCUCACAACGCCGCCGCUUCUGAAGCGAGUCAUGGUGGCUGCACUGGUGGCGGCGUGGCUGCUCCUGUCGGCUGUGGCCUGCGCGCAGCGGGAGCGGGACUUCUACGACUUCAAGGCGGUGAACAUCCGGGGCAAGCUGGUGUCGCUGGAGAAGUACCGCGGGUCGGUUUCCCUGGUGGUGAACGUGGCUAGUGAGUGCGGCUUCACAGACCAGCACUACCGGGCCUUGCAGCAGCUCCAGCGGGACCUGGGGCCCCACCACUUCAAUGUACUUGCCUUCCCCUGCAACCAGUUUGGCCAGCAGGAGCCUGACAGCAAUAAGGAGAUUGAGAGCUUCGCCCGCCACACCUACAGUGUCUCUUUCCCCAUGUUUAGCAAGGUUGCAGUCAUCGGCACUGGUGCCCACCCUGCCUUCAAGUAUCUGACACAGACUUCUGGGAAGGAGCCCACAUGGAACUUCUGGAAGUACCUAGUGACCCCAGAUGGAAAAGUAGUAGAGGCUUGGGACUCAACCGUGUCAGUAGAGGAGAUCAGGCCCCAGAUCACAGCGCUUGUGAGGAAGCUCAUCCUGAAGAAGCGGGAAGACUUAUGACCAUUUUUCCUCCUCCCCCACUGUCCCCUUCCCCCGACUUUGCACGGGUGACCAAAGCAAACUCAAAUGGUGCUUCAGAGGAAGAGACUAUUGACUCUCCUUCCUCCACUCUUACUUACCCCACUUACACCGUAACUCCUGUGGGAUGGAAAUUCUAGUAUUUUGAUUAUUUGAAUCUUAGAGGCAUCCUAUAGUAACUCCUGGCCAAUGAGAGCUCUUGACCAAUGAAUCGCCAGCCAAUAAGGACUUCUAGCCCAAUAAAACAUGUGGCAAAUAAUGGUAUCAAAACAAUAAUCUCCUACCUAUGAAGAACUCUGUAAAAUGGGGCCAAUUCCUACCUCACAGGGCUGUUGUGAGGGUUAGGAUAAAAUACCUGCAAAGGUGCCUAGGGCAGUGCCAGCUAACUAGAAGACAUUUAAUAAAUGUUUUUUGCAUAUAAACUAAACUGUGAUCAAUAAAAACUUGGACCCAACAUGAAUUUCCAACCAGUAAGAAUCCUGGUCAAACAU